UGCGGCAGGCGGGGCUGGGAUUGGCUGUGUGACGUCAGCGGGUGUUUGCGGAAGUGAAGAGGUUGUGAAGGUGAUGGCGGGGGAGCAGUACUGGCAGAGAGGCCCCGGGGCCGCCCGGGAUAUGGACCCCAUGGACCGGUUUAUGUGUCCCAUCUGUCUGGAGCUCUUCCAGGAUCCUGUGAGGGUGGCGUGCGGUCACAUGUUCUGUAUGAUGUGCUUCGAGCAGUGCAUGACGCAGAGGAGUCCCACAUGCGCGGUGUGCCGCAGCCGCCUCACUCCUGGCAUAAAGGCGUCUGAUUUGGAGAAGCAGAUGAGGGAAACGCACACCUCUUGUAAAGGUUGUCAUUCAAAGAUGCAACUCUGCAACAUGCGGGCCCACGCCUCAAGCUGCUCUCAAUAUCAGAACUAUGUCAUGGAAGGCAUCAAGUCGGUGACCAAGGACAAGUCAGCACACGCCAAAGAUAUCCCAAACCGAUUCACGUUCGUCUGCCCUUAUUGCCAGAAACAGAACUUGGACCAGGAAGGACUGGUGGAUCAUUGUAGGAACUAUCAUCAUAAUGACCUCACACCUGUGGUGUGUCCUAUAUGUGCCUCCAUGCCCUGGGGGGACCCUGGCUACAGAAGUGCCAACUUCAUGGAGCAUAUCCGCCGCCGCCACAGAUUCUCAUAUGAUACUUUUGUUGAUUAUGAAGUGGAUGAGGACGCUAUGAUGCGAGAAGCGCUGGUGCGAUCGUUGAUGGAUAACUGACGGUAGCACCACCUGAAGCCGUACACAAUGAGCUGGCUCCACACAACAUGCUGGGACAUCUCAGCAGAUCAAUGACAUACAUAUUGGCUGUGGCCUUGUGACAAAACUUUAUUGCUGAUAGAAUAUGAAGUUGGGGUUCUCUUCCAGAGAGGGGAUUGUAUCAGGUUACCAUGUGUACGUGUUGUGUGUGUGUGUGUGAACCCACCAAAACCUGGACCUUCAUGGCACCCUUUUCAAUAAGUAUACACUAAGUUUAAAAACAAGCAUUUACAGUAGAUCUAAACCCGGUGACCAAAAUUACAUAUCUUUUAACAUAUUAAUAUACAUUUAAAUGUAUUUAUCAAUACUUUUAAAUAUGCAGCUUUUAUUAAAAAAAAUAAAAUAAUAUUUUGGUGAUCAUACCAUGAGGAUCCUUUUUCAGGUAUUUCCUGACAACUACCUCCUGUUGUGCUUCUGCUUUUGUCAUCCUGGCACGUCUGUCUCUGUUGGAGACUGCAGGCGGCUGAGCCACUUUCCACCAUGAUGGAAUAAAAAAACAGUCCAGAGCAAUAAUGUGCCACCGACGUACGAGAGUGGAGACAAGAAGUGGCUGAAACAGGCUAUAAGAAAAAAAAUGUAAUUUUAUAUAAAAAAAAAAAGCAAAUCUUUACAGUACUUUAGCAAACUAAAUAAUCCAAUUGUGUAAUUUUUAUAUGGGAAAAAAAGCAAAUCAUUUCAGUACUGUAGCAAAAUAAACGAAUUGUGUAAUUUUAUAUUUAAAAAAAAAAAAAAGCUAAUUUCAGUACUGUAGCAAACUGAAUAAUCCAAUUCUGGUUUAGAUCUACUUUAACUUGUGCUUACUCUAACACUAGAAAAAUCAGCACAAGGGACAUAACUUGCAGCCAGUAGGAUGUGAACCUCUGCUGUUGGUAGUGUUCCGCUCCGCCCUGAUUUUGGCUUCCCCUAGGCUUAGAACUUGUCCUAAAAACAAAGUAAAUGAAAAGUAACAGUAUAAGAAGCUAAAUAAGGUUGUCGUUUUUUUUAUUUUUUUCCCCGCAAUGCCACAAUAUGUUGAUCCAGCCCUCCAUUAUCCGAUGCAAACAAAGUUUUCCUCUGAAAAUCGAUCAUUGCAUUGGAUUAAGCUGCACUGCAGCCACCCCGCAACUGUGUACAUUGCACGUGGUUGCAGUGAUGCUGCAUUUAGGAGGUUAAAGCAGGUGGUGAGGGUGCAACAUAUUGAUUCUCCACCACCUGUCAAAUGCCUUUUGAAAAGCGAUCUGAGCAUGGAUUGUUUUUCGGAGGAGCAGGAGUCCUCAUCGCUAUUACGAACAAGUCCUAAAGAAGCAUUUCUGAUAGUACGGGAAUGGGAGUCAGGAUUAAAAGUAACAUGCAUACAUAUUAACACGUGUACACACAAACACACACCAGCAUUCCCACCUGGGGUUGGGCACUCGGGCACUAAUCAUUAGACUCUGAGAUGAAUGGGGUCAUACAUACAAGUGCCCUAUAUCCAGAAAUACUAUUAAAAUGAUUGUAACGUUCUCAUUUUUUUAUUUUUAAACCAUAAACAUGUUUAUACUUUCUUUGCUCUGUGCAAUGGAAUGGAAUUGCACAGAGCGUCCCCGAACCUCUUUUUCUUAGGUGUGCUGUCAGCGUUUCUGGCUGCUCAUCCCGGUUUGCAACAAUAGUAACUUGCUUCCUAUUGUGGCACACCUGCGGGCUCGAUGCCGAGCAGCACUGCCUGUGUCCACAGAAGCACACAGCGCCCCUCCACCCACAGUUCCCUCGUCAUAGGAUUUUACUUGGAGCCUCCGCAAUGCCUUUGAGAGCAGGAAGUGAGGGAAAAGAGCCACAGCACCGGAUCAAGUGAGGACUCGGGUAAGUAUUAGGAGGGGGUGAAGGCGUGAUACUUUUACCUAAACCAUUUUUACCUUUUAAUACAAGGUAAAAAAAUGUUUUAGGCUUUAGAACCACUUUCAUUUUUUGUAUUCGUCAUUACUCUUACUUUAGAUAGUGGAUCCCUAGCCCAGGUGUUCUUUAAAUAAUAAUCCUUUCUAAAGGACUGGAACUUCUGAGGAAGUACUGCUAGUUGUUCCAACCCUGUCAGGCUGGUGAUAAGGGCACACCACAUAUCGGCCAAACAAUUUGCGAGGCCAUUUUGCAGUAAUAUUGGUUGAAAUAUAUUAAAGCCAGGCAGAAAGUCGGAUAAACACUCCAGACAGCUGUUACAGAUUUUUGGUGCUGGAUUUGGGACAGCGGACAGGUAAGUCAGGCAAGGUCAGGGCUUGGACAAGGGGUGGGCAGGAGGGUUGGUUUACUGUAGAGAUGGGGGCGCCAUGUUGCAAGGCUGACAAAAGCAGUGGCAGUGAUCGCUGGGUGUGGGAUCCCCUGAGCUUGCCCAUCAUGAUCUGGGGGGGGCACAGUUUGGCAUGUUUGCCCUGGGCACUGGCUGACCUUGUCCUGACCACUAGGCAAGGAUCACUGCUUUUGUAGAAAUUAUUAUUCAGACAGGAACUGUGGGUUCCUCGUAAUAUAUAUUGUUUUAAUGGAGAACUUCUUUAAUAUUCAGUCUUUAGUGUAGAGCUUUGUACAUGGGGGUGUCUACCAUCCACACUACUGGAGGCAUUUUGAGGCCUAGGCUACCCCCCGAGCCUAUACAUUUCCUAGGAUUUAGUGAUAUCACCACUCCAGAGAUCUGGUAGACUUCAUUCUUCCCAAGCACUGGCACAGUCCUCAUAACGUCUUCCUUUAUUGUAUGCCGCCAACAGGUGCUCUUUCUGCUUCUGAUAUCAGGGAAAAGCUGAAGUUACCAUCUUGUUUUUACGUGUGGUUUUUAAUAAGUUUAUAUGUUUUGGGUUUUUACCUGUGCUUCAGGAGCGAUGAGUGAAGAUGAGUUCUAUUUUUUUGUUAGUUUUUGUCUGUAAAAUCCGAAGCCUCAGGAAUAGUUGUCGUUUCUGCCUUGGCAUAGUUUUCUUGGUUACUAUCCACAGAACAACUUGGGGUUUUCAUUUAAUUGGAUGUCCACCUAAAACUUUUUUUUUUUUCUUCUUCUUCUUCUUCUUCUUGGUCUGUGGAAGGAUUAGAACAUUUUUAAUAAUUUUAUCUGGGGCUCCUCCAUUGGAGCGAUUUUCCCUCAUUUCCGUCCUUCUGAAAUUUUACCAGGCGGAAAAAGAGUGGAACAAUCUAAUCGCAACACAGAGAGAAUUAAAAAUGCCUUGCAGUAAUAGAGUAGAGGAAGGCUAGAACCCCUGUAGAAUUUGCCUUACUUCCUGUCUUGUAAAAUUAUUUUCGACAGGAUGUGAGGGUAAAUCUCUCCAGGAGCUCCUUUACACUUGUGUUCCCCGCUGAAUUGCAAUCCAUUGUGGAUUUCUUCUCAAGGGUGUUUAAUAGGAGAUCAAGAGUCGUUAUGUCGCCUCCUCACUGCCUGUUUAUAACCCCUAAAUACCCACACCGCUGCUCUGCAACCAUGUGCAUUACACAAAGUUGUGGCAUGGCACCAAUAAGCUAAAUGAGUCACUUUCAGCGGGCAGUACUGCUACACUACAAUGCAACCAUGUGCGUUACACAAGGUUGUGUUGCCUCCCUAAUAAGUUAAAUGGAUAAUUUUCAGGGGGCAGUACUGCCACACUAUGAUGCAACAAUGUGCGUUGCACAAGGUUGUGUUACCUCCACAAUAAGCUAAAUGGGUAAUUUUCAGGGGGCAGUACUGCCACACAACUAUGUGCAUUACACAAGUUUGUGGCGCUGCCCCAUUAAGAUAAAUGGGUAAUUUUCAGCGGGCAGUACUGCCACACUACAAUGGAAAGAAUUGCGGUGGUGGCAUGUGUCUUCCCCCUGUCCACUGCCUUUGCAAUUUGGUUGGGGAAGGGGAGGGGGUGUGUGGAAAAAUGCAUGUUUUUACUGCUCCCCCCCCCCCACAACCCUCUUUUUCUGAAUGCACCCAGUGAAAUCCACUGAAGAAACUUCGGCUUCUGGGUGCCUAGCACAGGCUGUUAUCCAGCUGACCCAAAUUUUGUAUGUAUUUUUAGCGAGUGCUUAUUUAAAUGUUAUUGUUUAACUUUAAUGGCCUGUUCGCUUCUACUCAAGGCUUUAACUUUCUGUACAGUAGACACAAUCGGAAGUAAGAAAAUAUCUUUCCUAAAUGAGGGAAAUUGUCAUUGGAAUAAUUUCCUUCUGUUCCUGUUCUGGUGACAAAAUAAAUAUUAUUUUAUU